GUUGCCAAAUUCUAGUGUUGAAAUCAUCGUAAAGGGAGUGUUACCGUUUUGACUGAUUUUCACUCUGCGUCUCUUUCACUAUUCUCUUUGGUAGCAUUGACGCAAACCAAACUAUUACUAAAAAGUCCCGAUUAUAAUAGGACAAUAAGUAGCAUUUCAUUGAUCAAGCAUAUUCUAAAAUUCAUAACUAUGUCCUUCCUAGCCAAGUUCUUAAGGAUAAACUUUUCCCAGCUAACUGUGGUAGCAAAUUCAGAAUUACAGAAAAAUAGUUUUCAUACAGCUCGUGCACUAAGCGUGGCACAGGUUCAAAAACCCGCACCGCCGUUCAGUGGAACCGCUGUCGUGGACAAUGAUUUCAAAGAUAUUAAACUUGAUGACUACAAGGGAAAGUAUUUAGUAUUAUUUUUUUAUCCAUUGGACUUCACAUUCGUCUGCCCGACCGAGAUUAUCUCAUUUAGCGAGCGUAUUCAGGAUUUUCGUGCUUUGAAUACUGAAAUUGUUGGCGUGUCCGUAGAUUCGCAUUUUUCACAUUUGGCCUGGGUAAAUACACCUCGUAAAGAAGGAGGUCUUGGAAAGAUUGAAUAUCCCUUGUUGGCUGAUUUGACGAAAAAAAUAUCUGCUGACUAUGGUGUGCUUCUAGAUGAAGGUAUCUCCCUAAGGGGACUCUUCCUAAUUGACCCUAAUAGCAUCGUUCGCCAAAUUACGAUAAAUGAUUUGGCGGUAGGACGUUCGGUGGAUGAAACGUUAAGAUUGAUUAAGGCGUUCCAGUUUGUUGAGAAGCACGGUGAAGUUUGCCCGGCUAAUUGGGACCCUAAAGCUAAUGCCGAUACGAUCAAACCGGAUCCAAAAGGAUCACAAGACUAUUUCAAUAAACACGGGUAAAUUGUUUGCAAUAUAAAUAUUGCCAAGAA